AUGCCAUCAAAGAAAGUCAUCAAGAAGAAGGUUGCGCCGACUCCGGCUGCAUUGAGAGCAAAAACUGAAGCCAAAGGACCGGUGAAGAAUCCCUUGUUUGAGGCGCGUCCAAAGAACUUCCGCAUAGGUCAAGACAUCCUUCCCAAACGUGACCUCACUCGUUUUGUCAAAUGGCCAAAGUACAUUCGUCUUCAACGACAAAGGGCUGUGCUUCAAAAGCGUCUGAAGAUUCCACCAAGCAUCAACCAAUUCAGAACUGCACUGGACAAACAAACAGCUUCGCAAACGGUGAAGUUGCUUGGCAAGUACCGCCCCGAGUCAAAGGAGCAGAAGAAAGAGCGUCUUGGUAAACGCGCAGAAGCACGUGCAACUGGCAAGAAGGAGGAUAUUACUCCACGGCAAGCAUUCAUUCGCCAUGGCGUUAAUCAAGUCACCAAGCUUGUUGAGCAACGUCGGGCCCAACUUGUGCUAAUAGCUCACGACGUGGAGCCAAUUGAAGUUGCACUCUUCCUUCCCGCCCUAUGCAGAAAAUACAAGGUACCUUAUGCCAUUGUUAAAGGAAAGGCCAAUCUUGGGCGUAUUGUGCGCAGAAAGACCACCUCCUCUAUCGCAGUCGUUGAUGUGAAGCCAGAAGACAAAGGCACUCUUUCCAAGAUCGUCGAAACUGUCACAACCAACUUCAACGACCGAGCAGAAGAGAUCCGCCGUCAUUGGGGAGGCCACACGAUGUCCGAUCGUUCGCAGGCCAAGGUUGCCAAAUUGGAGCGCGCCAAAGCCAAGGAAGUUGCACAGAAAGCC